GCAAAGUUCUGUGCAAUAACGUGAGAAAAGUUCAAAUUAAACUUAUUCUCUGAAUGGGGUUUAUAUAUUUAUUUUUAAAUCAUUGAACAGUUGGCGAUUAUUUUGGGGCUGCAAAUAACUUUUUAAUUUUUACAAAGUUUUUAAGGGGCUAAGGGAAGCGGCCUGGAGGAUGUGGCGGGUGUUGGUGCCUCUUCUGCUGGUAUUAGUGUCUAUCGUGAGCAGCCACAACGCCAGUCAAGGCUCCCCAGAUGAGCUCUUGCUCUGCCGGUCGUGUGGUUUUGAGGUGGCCGCCAGCCGGGAUCUCAAGUUCGUGGCCAGCGCCCUGGCUCUAGCUCAGCGGAACGACACGGUGAUCGGCGAGCUCAGGGUCCCGGUGCAGCUUUUCCAGAAUCCGCAGGGGCUUCGCUUCCAGGUGCUCACUUUCAAGAAAGCCGCAGUCCACAAGCACUGGCCGGCGGAUGAGCAGUUCUCCUGGUUCCCUGGGUACUCGUGGACAGUGGCAACGUGUCCCAGGUGCCACAGUCACUUAGGUUGGUCAUUUCAGCCCAACAUUUGGCCUCAACGUGUUCCAGAUAAAGAAUUUGAAGAAUCAGAAGAAACAUUUGUUGCACUGAUUCUAGACAGACUUCUUCAGGAGAAUUUUGCUGCAACACUUCUCAUGGUGCCAAAGUCCUACCGGAGUUGAAAUCAGUUUGUUGUACUCCUUCAUAAAGAAAUAAAUAUUUAUAUUAUAUCAUUAGCCAUAAUUUUAUGUUUAGGGAUAUGACUUAGAAUUAAGUAAAAUGUAUUUAUUAAUUAUCUCCCAUAGUAAUCCAGACAUCUAGGCCAAUAAUCCAAAGAUGAUUUCAAAUCCUAUUAGCAGUUUUGGGAAUUAAGUUGUGAAUUAAAUAAAUCUGGAAUAAAAGGCUAGUAUCUGUCAUCAUAAUGACAAUGAAACCAUCAAAUUGUCAUAAGCCAACUGGUUCACUACUGUCCUUUAGGGAAGGAAACCAUAUCCGGUCUGGCCUAUUAAGGACUUGAUCCACAGCAAGUUGGUUGAUUCUCAAUUGCCCCCUGAAAUGGCCUAGCAACCUCUGUUGUCAAAGCUACAAUGCAAAACUCAGUUAGACAGAUCAUAGAGUAUUAACAUAGGUGUCAGAUUCAUACAUGAUAAAAGCACAACCAAAAUACUUAUGAACAUCUGAGAACUUAUGCCAAGAUUGGGGGAGCUGUCCCACAGACUAGUCUGCAAAUAUGACUUGCUCGAAUGCCAGCCAACAACCUAAUCUCCUUCUCCCCCAACCCCCAAAACCAUCACCACCCUUGGGUAUGUCCUGACUUAUCAGCAGAAUAGACAGAGGUGGUGGUAGUGGUACACAGUUGGGAGGGACUACAGACCUCAUGAUGUCAGGUCAAACAUGGAAAAGGAAACCUCCUCCUGAAUAUCACCCUUCCUUCAGCUGAUGAAUCAGUAUUCCUUCGUGAACAUCACUUUAAGCACUGAUGUUAGCAAGGGCAUCAAAGUGCAAAUUGUGGCUUGGUAGCACCUCCACUGAUCAAGCUGGCUAUGCAGACAUAUCUACUAGACUGGGUCUGCAGCAGGUGUGAGAACCAAAGUGAGGGAAAAGCCUAUUUGACCUCAUCCUCACCAAUCUGUCACAGUUGUAUCAAUCCAGGGCAGUGUUGGUAGGAGUGACCACUGCUUGGUCCUUGGAGGCCCAAUGUGCUUGGCACUACUACCAUGCUAAAUGGGAUGAUUCAGAACAGAUUCAAUAGCUUGGCCUACAGUGCUUAAUGGAUGCAUAGUCAUCAACAGCAGUAGAAUUGUAUUCCAUCACAAUCCUGGCCCCAUAUAUCCCUCACUACAUCACUAGCAAACCAGGAGACCAAUCCUGAGAGGAUAGAAGAGCAGUGCCAUGUGUAGCCAAAUAUAACCCCCAGAAAGGGAAUUCAGCAAUGGUAUUGCCAGUGUAUGUCAAAGGGAGAGUUUUAGAUAGAUUGUUAUGGAUUGUCAUUACCUGGCACUUACACAGCAAAAAUGUUACUUGCCACUUUAGUCCAAGCCUGAAUAUCACACAGAAAAAUACAAAUAGCCGAUUCCUAAGUCAAUCUUAUGAACAGUUGGCUAUCCAAAAAUUAAAAAUGUUAAUACAACAUAAAAAGUUGAAUUAGUACACAAGAAAAUGUGCCAAGUAAAUUAUGUUUGGAAAUCUGAUGACCUUGGAAACUCCCUAAGCAAACCCAUUUGGAAGACUAACACAUCAAAACCUAGUUUGGGGAAGGAAAGGUGUAUCCAAGAUUGGGAGCAGUCUCUCAAGGUGGCUAUCCUAAAAAUCUAAUUACUCACCUAAUAGAAGCUCACCCAGAAGUAAUGUCACAAAGCUUGUCUUCUAGUAAACUAACAAUUCUUUGUAUUAUGAUGGGUAUUGGAGUAGAAAGACGUUUGUAUACACAAUCCUAAUAGCUACAUAAAUGGUUCCCAUAGCCUGGAACUCAUCAUUUGGAUGUUUAAUUGACAGAAAAUAGUGCUUACCACUUACUUACUAGCAGAAGAGCUUGGUAAUCCUCAGAAUGCAAACAUUUCUGGAACAAUCUAAGGUUUGAAUCCUGCUAAAGGGAAUUAACCUUUGACGUGAUAAAAAGUGAUCUAUUUUCCCUCCGAUCUAAACUUGGUCUGAGGUUCUAUGAUAGUACACAAGGGGUUAAAAUUCUGUUUCACUCAAAAAUGUUUCAGCUUUGUUAGUUGUUGCUGGGCCUACAUCCAGGGGAGGAGCGUUCUCUGCUUCUAUAAUCCAGUGGCAUCUGCACACUCAUUUUGUUGCUGGUUAGGAAAUUAUUGGCCCCUCCUGCUUCAGGUACUGCACUUUUAUUGUGGGUCCCCCUGAACUAAAGUUUUUUUCAAAAUCUAUGAUUUUAUCACACUUAAGACCCAAUUAUACAUAGACUACAGUAACAUGCUGCAGAAACUGGACUGACUAAUCUUAGAACUUCUAGGAGCCCCAAUACCACUAAUAACCAUGAUCACUAUGAACUUUGAUACCAAAUACAGGUAUUUAAUUUCCUUGUGCCUUACUUAGAUAAAAGGAGCAGCAGUCUGGGUACUCAGCUUACAACCUUAUUGGGGAAAGUGUAUCCUUGAGAAAAAAAUUGUGAUGAACUUUUACCCAUGUCUACACUUAAUGGAGUUGCAUUGGAAUAGGUCAGAAGUUUCUCACCUGAGUGGAGUCUACACUAAGUAUUAAGUUUGAUCAAAAAAAGUGGUAGCAUGCAAAUCCCCUAUCCUUAUUUUCAAACUGGAAUUGCAGAAAUUGAAUUACUAUAAUUUAGAUCCUAAAUUUUUUCCACAUCUGAGAAUCUAUUCCCGAGGCAAAAAUAUUAAUGUAGGACUUAGGAACAGUAGGCCAUUUGAGCCUGUACUGCCAUUUGAUAAGAUCAUGGCUGAUUUGAUUGUGGCCUCAACCCCACUUUAAUUUUUGCCCCCAUAACCUUCGACUCUCCUGUCAAAAAUAUCUCUAACUCAGCCUUGAAUAUAUUCAAUAACCUAGCCUCCACUGCUUUCUGGAUAGGAGAAUCCUGUAACCGAACAAGAAGCUAUCCUUGUGAGCUCCAAAUAAAUAAUAAUCCAUAAAUAAUUUUCAUAGGUGCUUACAGGGUUACAGACAAAAAGAGGGCUUGAGACCAAGCAUGACUGGCUUCAAAGAGCCAGGAAAGGUACAAUGGGCUGAAAUGCCUUCUUCUGUACCAUAAAUGACUAUGAUUCUAGGUAGAUGUCUAUACCAACAAUGGUAAACUCCAUAUAUUUCCUGAGAAACUACAUGCUAAGUUUUGCUAAAGGAGUGGCUGUUCUGAAAUGACUUAACGAUAUCUGAUUUCUUAAAUGCUAUCUAUCCACUGGUUUGAAUGGUUAACUCGCUUCUCUAAUAAACCACAAGUAUUAGUCAGAUACACGAGGAUAACCAAAGGCACAGCAAAAGACUCCUUUGGUAAUCGCCAUUUAUAAUGGACAGUUUGCUUUUUAGGUUACAGUACAUUUGUAGCUUCUAGCAAUAUCAAAAGGCCAAUGUUAACUUUGUUAAUUGUUCUAUUUCAUUGGAUAAGAUUAGAACAGUGCUGUUUGUAUUGGUAAUAUAUUUCCAGAUGUACACAAUGCGCAGUAAAGACAAUACACAGCA